AUGUCUCUGAGUUUACCGAACAAACGGUCACACCAGGGAAUAGCAGAAAUAUUUAAUGAGCGAGUUGAGAACAGUAACGUGCAUCGAAAAUAUGUUCUAGAACUCGUAGCUAAAUUUCGGGAAACUGGGUCAGUCGCCAAUAAAAAACGCAAUAUUGAAAAUCCCUUAAGGAACGAAGCAAUAGAAACUAUGUGUGGUGUAGGUCAAUGUACUUUCCAACGGAUUCUAAAGGCCCAUAGUUUUCAUCCGUAUAAAAUUCACCUGGUACAAGAACUUAAGGAAGACGAUUUUGGAUUUCUUUAUGUGAGAAUUGUGAAAGAGUGCCUUCAAAUUACUCCUCAAAUAUUGCAAAAUGUGCGGCAAGGAAAAAUGGAACUCAACCGAGAACAUUUUCGCCCUAUAAUUUAUUACAAAUUUCAAAGGCAAUUAUCGCAACAAGAAUACCUUGCUGAGUUACUGUGUGUUUUCGGGAACGAAGCGCCACAUCAGCCAACAAUUUCCCAUUGGUAUGGAGAAUUCAACCAUGGAGGGGUGAGUCUUAGCGACGAUCCCAGGGUAGGUGCAUCAAAAACGGCAGUCACCCAGGAAAACGUCGAUGCUGUGCGCAAACUCAUCAUUGAAGAUAGACAUGUGACAUAUAGCGAGAUUGAGACGUCCUUGAAGACCUCAAAAACCUCAAGCCAAAAAAAUAUACAUGAAGAAUUAGGAGUAAGAAAAUUAGUUUCUCGUUGGAUACCCCACCUGUUGACUGAAGAGCAGAAAGCAGUCAAGGUUAAUUGGUAUGUGUACAGUAUUGUUAGUGGUGAUGAAUCGUGGAUUUACUGUUACAAACCCGAAGAUAAACGACAGUCGGCUGUUUGGGUGUUCCAAGGUGAAGAAAAGCCAACAAAAGUCAUCCGUUCUCGAAGUAUUCCGAAAAAGAUGGUCGCGACAUUUGUGUCCAAAACGGGUCAUAUUGCAACAAUUCCUCUUAAUGAACAAAGAAUUGUUACUGCGGAUUGGUAUACCACCAUUUGUUUGCCAAAAAAUCACCCUGAAAGAAGAAUCAUCCUCCAUCAAGACAAUGCAAGGUCGCGCACAGCCCAAAAAACAAGGCAGUAUUUAACGGAAGAAAACGUGGAAUUAUUGAACCAUCCUCCAUAUAGUACCGAUCUAAGUCCUAACGAUUUCUUUACUUUCCCGAAAAUUAAAAAGGGACUGCGUGGCCAAAGGUUCCAGUCACCAGAAGAAGCAGUUGACGCAUUCAAAAAUGCCGUUUUGGAUCUGCCAGCAAACGAGUGGAAUAAGUGCUUCGAAAAUUGGUUCGGGCGCAUGCAGAUGUGUAUUAAUCUUCUCGACUUUUUGAAAUGA